CCUCACCUUGUCCACUAAUCCUACUCAGCUACACUGUGCUCCUUGGAGACACGUGGUACAUCCAUUUUCAGAGAACUUAUCCAGAGUUAUUCUUCACUACACCAAUUAUACAUAUUUCCGGUGAGAGGAAUAGAGGAAAGUGGCUUCUUCACAGAUCCCAGUCUGAACGUAGCAGAUCCAUCUCCUACGAAGGUACAGAUACUCACCUUCUUCAUUAUCUGGAAGAGUGAACCAGAGGCCUUCUGGGGAACACUAAAGAAGAAGUGGUGUAAGUUCCUAUCUUAUCAUGAAACUGUUAUCUCAAGGAAAAUUAAGGCUCCACGUUGUUCAGCCAGUACAUCUUCCAUCAGGGCUGCUCAUAUUUUUUAUCCUGAAGUCUAUCUCAUCUCUAAAACCUGCCCGACUUCCAAUUUACCAAAGGAAACCUUUUAUAGCUGCUUGGAAUGCACCAACAGAUCUGUGUUUGAUAAAAUAUAAUUUAACACUGAAUUUGAAAAUGUUUCAGAUGAUUGGAAGCCCUCGACUCAAAGAUGGGGAGCAAAAUGUUACUAUAUUUUAUGCCAACAAGUUGGGAAAUUACCCAUGGUAUACAUCAAGAGGGGUCCCCAUCAAUGGGGGUCUUCCACAAAACACAAGCUUACAAUUACAUCUGAAAAAGGCUGCCCAGGAUAUUAGCUUUUACAUCCCUGGUGAAAACUUCAGUGGGCUUGCUGUUAUAGACUGGGAAUAUUGGCGCCCACAGUGGGCCCGGAACUGGGAUGCAAAGGAUGUCUACAGACAAAAGUCAAGAACACUUAUUUCUGAUAUGAAGAAGAACAUGUCAGCUGCUGAUAUUGAAAAUCUAGCGAAAGCAACCUUUGAGAAAAGUGCAAAAGCUUUCAUGGAGGAAACUAUCAAAUUGGGAAUCAGGAGUCGACCCAAAGGCCUUUGGGGUUAUUAUUUAUAUCCCGAUUGCCACAAUUACAAUUUUUAUGAUGCAAACUAUACUGGGUCAUGCCCGGAAGAGGAACUUCUGCGGAAUGAUGAGCUCUCUUGGCUCUGGAACAGCAGUACUUCUCUGUAUCCUGCUAUUAGUAUCAAGAAAUCCUUGAGAGACAGCGAACGUACUUUGCACUUCUCUCAAUUUCGGGUAUAUGAAUCAAUGAGGAUCUCUACCAUGACGUCACAUGAUUAUGCUCUACCUGUUUUCAUCUACACACGACUGGGCUACAGAGAUGAACCUCUGCUCUUUCUUUCUAGGCAAGACCUAAUAAGUAUCAUUGGAGAAAGCGCUGCGCUGGGAGCUGCAGGCUUUGUCAUUUGGGGAGACAUGAAUUUAACUGCAUCUGUGGAGAACUGUUCGAAGGUCAACCACUUUGUGAAUUCGGAUUUUGGGAAAUACAUAAUCAACGUGACCAGAGCAGUUGAGGUCUGCAGUCAUCACCUUUGCAAGAAUAAUGGGAGGUGCAUACGGAAGACAUGGAAAGCACCUCAUUACCUCCAUUUGAACCCCGCAAGUUACCGCAUAGACGUCUCUGAGGACGGAGAGUUCGUAGUGAAGGGAAGAACAUCAGAGGCGGACCUAGCGGGGAUGGCAGAGAACUUCCUAUGCCACUGUUAUCAGGGCUAUGAAGGGGCUGAUUGUAGAGAAACGAAAGAAGCGGAUAGCUGCUCUGGGGUCUCCCCUUUCUCUAGCUUACUAAUAACACUGUGUCUGCUAGUUCUAGCAGGUUCUCAAAGCAUUCAGCUGUGACAUAACUGAGUUUAAAGAGAAUUGUCUCCUCAAGGAGAGUGUUAGGGAAGAGAUGAAUCCCACAGUUGUUCUCUUAAGGGUUCCUCUGAGAGGUAUCGUAAGUCAACAUAUGUGGCACAGCAUAAAUAGCCACUAUUACUUUAUUUGCUACACUUUGGUUAGAAACCAGAUCGAAGAGAACAAAGUCAUGCACAUUCUUUUCUUACUUGAAGAUUUAAAUUGUAUUUCAAUCAAAUUUUAUUCUUUUUCUAAUUGUAUACACAGAAUGAUACACAUGAAUAUUGAACUUUUUGAUUUCAAGGAAAUUUUCUAGAUAGCAAUGUAUCUAAGGAACGACUACAAAGUAGUCACGCGAUUCAACAGAUGGGGUCACCUCCGUCAUGACCUGGUCAAGUAGGUCAUCAGAGAAGAUGAAAUUCAAGGCGUCUGUGCCAGCCAGCUUCUCCUGCACCUGCUUCCCUACUGCACUCAUGGAAGACCUGUGGUGUGUCAGCUGUUCCCAGCUCACAACAAAGGCCUCUCUCAACUAUCAUCUUCCUUCACAGUUUGCACAUCGCAGAAAGGUUGCCCAGGCCAAGAGUGUGCUUGACCUAAAAGAUCAAGCCAUGUUGAUAAAAUGCAGCUGGUGACUUUUGAAAGUGAAACUGUUUUAAUGAAAGAGAUUUAAUAAAUGAUACUUAAAAGGUA